AUGGAAAUAUAUGCCGCCGGCGCCGUCGCCGCAUUCACCGUCGACGUCCUCGUUUAUCCGCUUGACACCCUCAAGACCCGCUACCAAAGCCAAGAUUACCUCUCAGCAUAUGGGACUUCCAGUCGGAAAGCACUGGCCCCCAGGGGCUUGUACCAAGGGAUAGGGAGCGUGGUCCUGGCCACACUCCCAGCAGCCGGUCUCUUCUUCUCAACGUACGAAAAGGCCAAAGCUGUCAUCGGCAACCUACCCCUGCAUCAAUCCCUCGUCCACGCGUCCGCCUCGGCGACCGCCGAACUGGCAUCGUGUCUGGUCCUUGCCCCCGCAGAAGUCAUCAAGCAAAACGCCCAAAUUCUCCGUGAGGACCGUACCAAGUCACGCACGUCCACGUCCCUUCAGGCCUGGAGGCAGCUUGCCGCUGGCGACGCGCCGAGGAGGCUGUUCACGGGGUACACGGCGCUUGUAGCGCGCAACUUGCCAUUUACAGCGCUGCAGUUUCCGAUUUUCGAGCAUCUGCGCUCGUGGGCUUGGGAGAGGAGACGUCAGCGAGGCAGCCAGGAGAGGGGGGUUCUGGAGAUGGGUUUGGUAGCGGGUGCGAGUGCGGGGGGCGCCGGGGCUGUUGCGGCAUGGGUCACCACGCCGAGUGAUGUUGUGAAGACGAGGAUGAUGCUCACGGCGGCGAGGCCGGGUUGUCGGAGCGGUGAGGGCGGAGGGAAGAAUGGGAGAGUGGCCUCGUGGACGGUGACGAGGCAGAUCUACAACGAGCGAGGGCUCGUGGGAUUCUUUCGCGGGGCGCUGUUCCGUUCCGGGUGGACGGCGUUGGGGAGUUCGUUGUACUUGGGGACGUAUGAUGGUGCGAAGCUGUGGUUGCGGAGGAGAAAGAGCGGUAUGGAUGGCGAUGAUUUGGCGGCGUUGUGA